UCAUCGUCUCCAAGGUCCUAGACUAGUAGUUAGAGCAUAACUGCAUAUGGAUACAUAGCUAAAGAACACUACAGAGCCUUCUAGACUUUCUUACACAACAAACUGACGUAUAAAGCCAAGCCAAACCCCUUCCUUUAUCUUACACCACAACCCACCAGAAAAAUCCAUAACAAAGCUCACUUUCUUCUUUCAUGAGUCGUCAACAAUGGCUGAUGGCUUCUUUGGGUACCCUUUUAGGCGCUUGUUCUUGAGCCCUCCAGCAUACCAUGAAUGGUCUGGAUCAACUGCUCUCAUGGACUGGCUUGAAUCCCCAACUGCCCAUAUUUUUAAAGUCAAUGUACCAGGGUUUAACAAAGAGGACAUAAAGGUUCAAGUGGGAGAUGGGAAUAUUUUGCACAUAAAAGGUGAGGGUGGCAAAGAGGAAACCCAUGAGAAAGACACAGUUUGGCAUGUAGCUGAGAGAGGGACAAGAAAGAGGGGCUUUUCUAGAGAAAUUGAGCUACCAGAAGACGUGAAGCUGGAUCAAAUCAAAGCUCAAGUUGAAAAUGGUGUUCUCACCAUUGUUGCUCCAAAGGAUACCAAUCCAAAGCAAUCUAAAGUUAGGAACAUCAAUAUCACUAGCAAGCUUUGAAAUGAAUAAAUCUAGAGUUUAAUCUGUUCUGGAAUUGGCCCAACGUUCUGUAUGAAUAAAUAAUCGGAAGCUUGCUGGACUUUCCUCUGUUGUGCUUUGUGAUGUGCUAAUCAUACUCUCUUUUUUCUGUAUUAAGGCAUUGUCUUCAUUUACUGCUA